AUGGCGGCCGAGCAGCAGGGCCGGGGGGAGCGAGGGGCCGGGCGGGGCUCUGCUGGCAGCCCGGCGCUCUGCAGCGGUCGGCCCCGAGGCUGCGUGCGGCACAGUCCGGGAGCCCACAGCUGCUUCCCAGUCGGCAGGCCUGGCCCUGUGCUUCCUCCAACAGUUACCGCACACCGAGCUCUGGAAUUUUUCAGUAAACAUGAGGGGAAUGUUAAAUAUAGAAAGUUGUUACUAAACCACCAGGAUGCAUUUCAGGCUGGGAGCCUUUAUCCUGAUGCCUUUUAUCCUGUUAUCUGCCGGAAUGGAAUAUUUCAUUAUAUUUCUGAAGACACUCACUGGGCACCAUUUCUCAACACUAGUAUCCAUUACAUCAGGAAGAAGUAUCCUCAGCCUUGGGAGGAGGCUACAGAGAAACUGGUGGCAUUCCUGUUUGGAAUUGCCUCACAUAUGGUGGCAGAUGUGAGCUGGCAUAGCUUGGGCAUUGAUCAAGGAUUUCUAAGGACUAUGGGAGAAAUUGAUUUUCAUGGCUCAUACUCAGAUGCUCAUCAUACUGGUGAUUUUGGAGGUGACGUAUUGAGCCAGUUUGAGCUUGAUUUUAGUUACCUGAAAGCAGACUGGUAUGUACCAGUCAAAGACCUGCUAGCUAUCUAUAAAGAAUAUUAUGGCCAAGAAGUAAUAACUGAAGGCACAAUUAUUGACUGCACUUACCUGCUGUUUCUCGAAUUGCAUGGAGAAAUGCUUGCUGUUGCCAAGCUUUUCCCAUCAUAUGCUAUCAAAUCUCCAUUUUUGGUGGAGAGGUACCAGGAGUAUUUCCUUGGAGGACUGGAUGACAUGGCAUUUUGGUCAAAUAAUAUUUUUCAGCUAGCAAGCCACAUGUUAGAAAAUGGGACCAGUGGCUGCUUCAUGCCUGAGAACCCUCUGUUUAUAGAGUGCAAUGGGGAGCACAAGAACAGUGACAUAAUUAAACAGUCCAAAGAGGAACAGCACAAGAGCGUGAUUUCUUCACUCACUAAAACAAUUGAAAAGAAUAUAAAUUAUACGGAGAAAGGAGUUUAUUUUAAUAUGCAAUCCUGGGCAACAAAAUCCCUCCACUUUAUUAAUAGUGCUUUUGCACAGAAUGUCAGGAAAGUGUUUGCAGUCACGCAUCAGCAAUCCUCUAACCACGUCUCCAAGCCCACAGCCUCAUACUUUCUGAAAUCACCCUAUGCCAGGCUUGGAUGGGCAAUGGCCUCAGGUGACUUAAACCAAGAUGGUUAUGAAGAUCUAGUGGUUGGAGCACCAGGAUACAGCAGAUUGGGCCAUGUUCAAAUAGGACGGGUGUACAUAAUCUACAGUAAUCCGUCAGGUUUGCCUCCAGUAAACAUGGAUCUAGACAAGGAAGCAGAUCAAGUGCUUGAGGGUUUUCAGCCUUCAGGCAGGUUUGGUUCUGCCAUAGCAGUACUGGACUUCAAUGAGGAUGGAGUACCAGACGUAGCGGUGGGAGCACCUUCUGUGGGAUCACAGAAUCUCACUUAUACAGGUGCUGUGUAUGUAUAUCUGGGCAUUACAGGAAGAGGCUUGUCACCUUGGCCAAACAUUACAAUAAUUUGCCAGCACACAUUCUGUAACCUUGGCUGGUCACUGCUGGCUGCUGAUAUUGAUGGGGAUGGAAAGUCUGAUCUGGUUGUUGGUUCUCCUUAUGCACCUGGCGGUGGGAAGCAGAGAGGAUUUGUAGUUGCAUUUUAUUCUCACUUCAACAGGAGUGACAAAGGGCUGCUGUCAGUAGAAGAUGCCAACUGGAUGGUGAAGGGGGAAAAGAACUAUGCCUGGUUUGGAUAUUCACUUUUUAGUCACCAGUUGAAGAACAAAACCUUACUGCUGAUUGGAAGCCCUACCUGGAAGAGGUGUAUUGGUCUAGGUUGCUACAGCUCAUUGGAUACCAAACAGAGUGUUGGAAAGGUGUAUGGAUAUAACCCACCAAGCACACUAAGCUGGUUUUCCGUAACUGGAGACAUGGACCGGGGCAAACUGGGUUCAUCGCUGGCCAGUGGCUUCAUGUCUGUGGCUGGAAUUCCAAGAGAAGUGUUGGUGGUGGGUGCACCUACCUCUGACAGCAUGUCUAGGAUUGUAUUUAUAUCCUCAGUACUGCACCAAGCUGGAACUGUUCUGAUGUAUGACUUGACAGAUGGUGCCAAACCUUCUUUGCUCAGCACUUUCAGUGGGGACAGGAGGUUCUCUCGCUUUGGAGGAGAUGUACACUUAAGUGACCUGGACAAUGAUGGACUAGAUGAAAUUAUUGUGACAUCUCCUCUGAGAACUGAAGACAUCACGUCUGUACUGUUUGGAGGGGAGGCUGGACGUGUGUACAUCUACAAUGGAAACCAGACCACCUCUGGUCAUGUGACAGACAACUGCAAAUCAUGGACUUCUCCUUGUCCAGAGGAUUCGGCACAAUAUGUACUAAUUUCUCCUGAAGAAAGAUCAAGGUUUGGGAGCUCCAUCAUCACUGUGAAAUCUCCAGGAAAGAGAGAAGUUGUAGUAGCUGCUGAGAGAAGUUCGGUGAAAGCUAGACUUAGUGGAAGGCUUUUUAUGUAUACCCUUUAAAUGUUCUUUUGUUGAGUUUGGGUACAUGCCUGUUUUCAGUGGUGGAUUCUCCCUGGAUCUAUGGUGUUCUUUUUCACGCCUCCCCAUGCCAUGCUAACAAACUAGAUGGUCAAACAGGAUGUAGCUAAUAAGAGGACGGAAGCAGCAGUGAGGGAAUUGGGGUUGAUUGGAAAAAUAAAUAGAUGGGGAAUACUGUCAAGAUCCAUCCAUACAGCUUUAGAGUUGAAAACCAAUUAAAAACCUCUAUCCAUGUAAGUCAGAAGGCUAGAUAACUCAGCCACAGACAAAGUAGCAUGACGGGAGCCAAAACAUUAACCUAGCAUCAAUUCAACUUAUGAGGGAGGCUAGUUCCAGCAGAUGUAUUUGGCUGUGUAAGGAAAAGCACAGAAUGCCUAGUUGGUGCAAUCACUUAAAUACGUGCCAUAUGAUGGGGGCUAAUUUAGCUAAAACUAAUCAAGAAAGAGAUCUUGGAUAGUUCU